AUGCAGAAUAACAUGGUUCCACUGAACGCUCAGCCGUGUGAUGGCAGAGGAGCAGGGACAGUUGUGGUAUCCAUGCCAGAGCAUCCACCUGAUUAUGCAGUGUGGUCCAUUUGCAGCUUCAUCUAUGGAAAUCCAUGCUGCCUGGGCCUCAUCGCUUUGAUUUUCUCCAUGAAGUCCAGAGACCGGAAGAUGGUGGGAGACAUGACUGGAGCGAAGACCUACAGCUCAAAGGUGUGUUUGCUCAAUGGCAUUGGGCUUGCACUUAUCAUCAUCAGCACCAUAAUCUUCAUAGUGGUGUCUGUAGUGCUUGUUAAUGCGUGA